AUAUUUCUUUCUAUUUCAAGGUUGUACUGAAGACAUUACUGAAGAAUCGUUCAAAGUGCCACACUGCGACAAUGAUUCAGCUGACGGCUACCCCUGCAAGUGCACUUGUCGAUGAGCCAGUGCAUAUCCGAGCUACAGGCCUGACUCCCUUUCAGAUAGUGCUUCUGCAGGCCUCGCUAGAAGAUGAAAUGGGGAACUUGUUUCAUUCCCAAGCCUACUAUAGGGCCAAUGAAGUUGGUGAGGUGGACCUGGAGCAUGCUUCUUCACUUGGAGGUGAUUAUGUAGGAGUCCACCCCAUGGGUCUCUUCUGGUCCCUGAAACCUGAAAAGAUAUUAACUAGACUGUUGAAAAGAGAUGUGAUGAAUAGCCCCUUCCAGAUUCAAUUAAAACUCUAUAAUUCAAAUGUAAUCUUAAUCGACAAUGCCUCCCCUGCUCCAAAUGUCAGCCUGACUUUGGAGAGGUGGUACGCAGCACCUGGUGUCACACGAAUCCAAGUCCGAGAAGGCCGCCUUCGGGGAGUCCUCUUUCUCCCUCCAGGAGAUGGCUGUUUCCCCGGAGUAAUUGAUUUGUUUGGUGGUUUUGGUGGACUUACUGAAUUCCGGGCCAGUCUCCUGGCCAGUCAUGGCUUUGCUGCCUUGGCCUUGGCUUACCGUGACUAUGAAGACCUGCCUUCCAAACUAGAGAAAGUAGAUUUGGAAUAUUUUGAGGAAGCUGCCAACUUUCUCCUGAGACAUCCUAAGGUCCUUGGUCCAGGCAUUGGGAUAGUCUCCAUAUGCAAAGGAGCAGAGAUUGGACUCUCCAUGGCUAUUCACCUAAAACAAGUCACAGCCACGGUGCUUAUUAAUGGGCCCAACUUCAUUCUUGAAAUUCCACAGGUAUAUCGUGGUCAGAUACAUCAGCCCUUGCCCAUCUCUCCACAAUUACUAUCCAUCAGUGCCUUAGGGUUAUCAGAGUUUCAGCACAUUUUUGAGGCAACUAGAGCUAAGGCCAAUCAGACAUUUUUUCUCCCCAUUGAAAAAGCCCAGGGACAUUUCCUCUUCAUUGUGGGAGAAGAUGAUAAGAAUAUCAACACUAAAGCAUGUGCUAAGCAAGCCACAGAACAGCUGAGGAGAAAUGGGAAGAAGAAUUGGACCCUGUUAUCUUAUCCUGGGGCAGGCCACCUGAUAGAACCUCCCUAUUCCCCACUGUGCUGUGCCUCACAGAUCUCCAGUCUUCACCUCUUGGUGCUCUGGGGAGGAGAGGUGAUCCCACAUGCAGCUGCACAGGAACAUUCUUGGAAGGAGAUCCAGAAGUUUCUCAGGAAGCACCUCAUUCCAGUUGUGACCAGUCGACUCUGAGAAAAGUCAACAUUCCUGGAAAAUAGAAAAGCAAUAGGGUGCUUUACCAGACCUUCACCUGAUCUUCACGGAACAAUGUCUUUGAGCUCUUAUUGU